CUACGCCGCCGUAGAAUCUAAUAUGCAAAUACGAAAUGUUAAUUCUGUGGAUUGCGAAACGGAAAUAAUCCAUCAAUCAUGACUACUUUCUUCUUGGAAUGUUUUUUCUUGAAGAUGACAUAAUCAACAAAGUAAAUCAUGGUAUCAACAGAAAAUGUGUGUUUUGUGUUGUGGGCAUCUAUUUUGAUAUAUGGAUUGACCAUCACCUUCGUAUCUUGUAACAAAAUUGAAUUCCGAAUAGCAUGGAUGGCUCCAAAAAAGGAAUAUUACAAUUUGAGCGCUUACUCGAGUGUUGGCGCAUUAAAAGUAGCUCUAACUGCCAUGGAACAAAACAAUGACUUACGUCAAAUACAGUCUCUGAAGGACACCAAUAUCAAAGUCCGAUGGUAUGACACAGACUGCAAUGUCAAAAGCGCCUUAGCUGCUGCGGUACACGCCAAAUCCACAUUCGACCCCCAUCUCUUCCUGGGACCACCAUGCUCUGUUGGUAUGAGAGGCGUUGCUCUUCUGGCGUCACACUGGAAUACACCUAUAUUUGGAUGGGUAUCACAAGAGGAAGAGUUUCAAGAUAAAACAAUGUACUCGACUUUGGUACGUUUUCUGGGACCCUUAAACCGCUUUCCCAAAGUGAUGUUCCACAUGCAGUCUUUGUUUAAGUGGUCACAGUUUGCGGUAAUGUAUGACAAACGGGACCCAUACCGGGCAGUGGCAUCUGCUAUUUCCGAGAAAGAAUCUAUCGAAAACGGGGAACAAGAGAGUAAAUCUUGGUACACCAUCGUCAACUCUUUUAAAGUCUCCAACGAUAUGGAAGAGAAAGAAAUAGAGCAAAUAUUCCUUCAAAUCAAACGAUAUUCAAGAAUUGUCGUAAUGGCGUUGCCCUGGUUAGAUAUGCGGAGAUACAUGCUGAUUGCCCAUAGACUUGGAAUGAGCGAUGGGGAAUAUGCAUUCCUCUGCAUUCAUGGUGAUCUCUACACUUAUGACAAAAUGGAGAAUGAUGUGUUCUCUGACAGGGUUUGGCGUCGAAACGACUCGUAUGACGACAUCGCCAAAGAUGCAUUUGAACCAGUCCUACACAUUAUGAUGAAACCUUUAGAAAAGGAAAACUGGAACCUCUUCAAACAGGUCGCUAUUGAUUAUGGCAAUAUGACGAAUCCAAAUUGGAAUUUACCUGACCAGCAUACUUCGCCUGAUGCUUACUCGCCCUAUCUGUAUGAUGCAACAAUCAUGUGGGCAUUGCUAACAGACAAAAUUUUGAAAGAAAACAAGAAGAAUCCACAUGACGGGGAGUAUAUGUUUAAGAUGGCCACCACUUUGACGGAAGAAGAGGAAAUCAAUGGUUUGACGGGAAAGGUCAAUCUAGAUUCCCGGGGAGAUAGAAAUCUUGAUUUCCAGGUUCUAGAUAUGUCAGAAAACGGCACGUUUUCAAGAAUUAUCACCAUUAGAUAUUUUAGGGAAGGUGAACGAGUAGUGGAUUUUGAGGGCAAUAAGAAUGUAGCUGAAGUUAGUCGGUGGCCGAAGGGUAAAGUGGGUGUCCAGAACGCGCCUCCUGAUGAACCGGUUUGUGGUUUCGAUGGAAAGAAGUGUCCGGAACAGGAUGAACAGCCAGAUAAUACUUUCAUCAUCAUCUUUUCCUCUGCUGGAUCCGGAUUUGUUAUCGUUGUCGCAAUUAUCGUACAUUGCAUUCUCAAGUUGAAGCUAGCAGCCACUAAGCAGCAGCCAUAUAAGCACGUAGAAGCUAGCAGCCAUUAAGGAAAAUCAUCAAAGGACUGAGAGUACUCAUAGAAAAAUAUUUGAUUUGAAACCUAUUCUAAAGGAAAAUUUUAAUUUAAUUAAUGUUUUGAAUUAAGAAAUGUCAAUCGCAACACUCAUGCGCACUUAGCUCACAUGAGAGAUUGUACACCAAUGGUGAAAUGAAUUUAUAUCAGUAAUUUGUAAUGAAAGGAAAUAAAAUUGACCACACAU